AUGACUUACGAUCAACCUGACUAUGGUGAUCUCACCCUACACCUGCCUAGAAUUCUCUGCCUCCACGGCGGAGGUACCAAUGCGCGCAUUUUUCGUGCCCAAUGCCGCAGCAUCCGCGCUGCAUUGCAGAAUGACUUCCGUCUCGUGUUUGCUGAGGCAGCGUUUUCGUCCAGCGCGGGGCCAGACGUACUAUCUGUGUAUAAGGACUGGGGUCCAUUCAAGCGGUGGCUAAGAUGGCUACCCGACCAUCCUAAUCCGGGGCCUAAUGAGAUCAUCAACCAGCUUGACCAGUCACUUCAAGACGCUAUGGUCAUGGAUGACAUGCGUGGAGCAACUGGACAGUGGGUUGGCCUUCUGGGCUUCAGUCAAGGCGCAAAAGUUUCAGCCAGUCUGUUAUAUCGACAGCAAAUGCAGGAGGAGAUGUACGGCAGGGGAAAUGCAAGUACCAAUUUUAAGUUUGGCGUAAUUCUUGCUGGAAGAGCGCCAUUGGUCUGUCUGGACCCAGAUCGUCAGCCAGAUGCAUAUCUGCCAGAAGCAUCACAGAUUACAGAUGUCAAGGGGCUCAAGCGCCCUACACUGUAUAAUGGUGGUCACAUGCUGAGGAUACCGACACUACAUGUCCACGGAACAAAUGACCCCGGCUUAGAUCUUCACCGGCAACUAUUUGAGGACUUCUGCGCGGCUGAUAGCCGGAGAUUAGUCGUGUGGGAUGGAGAUCACAGAUUGCCGUUAAAGAAGAACGAUGUGGGUAGGGUGGUCCACGAAAUCAGGGAACUAGCAAAAGGCGCAAUGGAAUACAAUUGA